GCCGACGACUACAAUCUGGCACGAUGGGAUACAGGCACACAUUGGCUACUUUGGCUUACUACAAAGAGGAUGGAGGCAACCUCCUAGAGGAACGAAGCCUUUUUGCCAUCCUCAGCUACGAGAGGAAGUUGCAGGCAACUACCCAGUGGCAGUUCUUCUGCAGCAAUGAGAUCGUGAGCAUCAGUCAGGCUCCUGCUCCCACAGUGGCGGCCGGCAAUGGCACCAACGAGACGGAGUCGGAGACCACCCGAACUCAGCAGAUAA